UUAGAAAGUGCCUAAUUUGAUUAUAGAAAGCGUAAUUUUUACACAAGAAAGUUUAUCAAGGUGAUAGAUAGAAGAAAAUGCCCGCCAACAAUGACAUGUCACCGUCGAUGACACCGGGUAUUCGCCCGUUGAUCGAACCAUUCACAUCUAAAGAAGCUAGAAUUUCACUUCUUCAAAAGGCAGGAGCAGAAUUUAUAGGAACAUUUAUACUAGUAUUUUCAGCAGCAGGUGGGCCCAUAGUGAACCAAAAAUUCAAUGGAAUAGAAACACUAUUGGGAAACGCUGCUUGUUCUGGGCUUGCGGCAACUAUAGCAAUCUUAUCAGUGGGUCACAUAUCGGGGGCCCAUAUUAACCCAGCUGUAACUCUGGCUUUUGCGGCCCUAAAACAUUUUCCUUGGGCCCAAGUACCCAUUUAUAUAAUAGCUCAGUUUGUUGGAGGGAUAUUAGCUAGCUUGUUGCUUAAGUUAGGUUACCAUCCUUUCAUGUCCGGUGGAGGCACCGUGCCAACGGCUAGUUUUGGACAGGCAUUUUUGCUCGAGGUGGUUGCCACUUUCUUCCUCAUGUUCGUCAUUACAGCCGUUGCUACCGAUACUCGUGCUGUGGGUGACUUGGCCGGAAUUGCAAUUGGAACUACUAUCCUUCUUGACAUCCUCCUUAUUGGGCCAAGUACGGGUGGGUCGAUGAAUCCAGCAAGAACACUAGGACCAGCAAUAGCAGCAGGAAGGUACCAUGGAAUAUGGAUAUACAUGCUGGCCCCACCCAUUGGAGCCUUUCUUGGUUCAGCUUUCUAUUCACUUAUUAAACUUAAGGAAGACGUAAGCAGUGAUGAUGAACAAUCACCAGGGCGUGUAAAAAGCUUUGGCCGUUGAUAUUGUAAUAUAUCAAUGGUCAACAUUUUACUAUAUAUUUUCAAAUCAAUAAUUUAUAUUUUAAAUUUGUCAUGCAAAUUACCAUGAUCUCUUUCCAUUUGUGUACUUUUACAUACUCUAGAAGAAUGAUGGGUGCUAGUUUUUUGGCUAGUUAUAUUAGUGUGAUUGUAAGUUGUAUAAUAAUACUAAUCUUAUACAUGUAAUUGGG